ACAAAUGGCCUAAAUAUUCACACCAGCUGCAAAAUCUAUUUUCUUUUAAUUUAUUUUGCUUAACAAAAUGCCUAUUCGUUAUGUGUACAGAUGGAUUACAAGGACUUUUCUGCUUCUUACGCUAUUGUUAUGUUGCUACAAUGAAAUACUUGUCUAUCAUUUUAAUCGAUCCUCUUGGCAGGAAAUCAAUUGUCGUUUCGAAAACUGCACGAGAAUGUUGCUGAUUGCUGACCCCCAACUUUUAGGUUUAACAUAUGAAAAGACAAUACUUAGCGGCCUGGCACGCUAUGAUUCUGAUAGGUAUUUAAAAAGUACCUUCCAACAAGCUCUUAAGUUUACCCAGCCUCACAUUAUUUGUUUCCUUGGUGACUUACUAGAUGAGGGAAAUGUGGCCUCACCACAAGAAUUUCAAAGUUAUAUUCAACGUUUUCGCAAUAUUUAUCAUACCGAAGAUGAUAUAAAAGUUGUCCAUGUACCCGGCGAUAAUGAUAUUGGCGGCGAAAAUGGUGAAUACAUAUCGAAUUUAAAUAUACACCGCUUUGAAGAGGCUUUUACCCAACGUGAUAUUUUUGAUUAUGAAUCGAAUUUACGUUUUUUCAAAAUCAAUCGUAUGAUGUUGGAUUUUACCAAUCCCGAUAAAAUGCAUAAUCAUGAAAAGUUACGCAUUGGCCUGUCGCAUGCUCCCAUACUCAUUGGUGGUGGACCAUUGCUGCGUUCUGUGAUCAAUGAAUUGGAUCCACAUAUUAUAUUUUCUGGCCAUUGGCAUGAAUCUCGUAUAUUUUUAUAUCCCUCCACUAAAGUGAUCAAUUUUUAUGAUAAAGCAGCCGUGAAAAGUUUCAAUUUGAAAGACCUUAAAGAAAAAAAACACAAUUAUUUGGAAAUAAUGGUGCCUACAUCUUCCUAUCGAAUGGGAAAAGUUAAUAUUGGUAUUGGUUAUGCGGUUUUGGAUAACUAUGAUCUCCGUUAUACUGUCCUUUGGUUGCCAAAUCGUUUUGUGUACUUACUUAUUUAUGUGUUUUGGCUAUUAUUUGCAAUAUGCAUGUCUCUGGUAUUUCGUAUGAUGACCCGUUGCCCAUUUCGUAAGAUCUCUAAGUUCAAUAAUCAAUCUCAGUACCAACGCAUUUCCGAUGCAAUACCUGAUUAA